AAUUCAAUCCGUCACAACCUGUCUCUGCACAGCAAGUUCAUCAGAGUGCAGAAUGAGGGAACAGGGAAGAGUUCCUGGUGGAUGCUCAACCCUGAAGGAGGAAAGUUUUUUCCUAGGAGGCGGGCAGCAUCCAUGGAUAACAACAGCAAGUUUGCCAAAAGCAGAGGCAGGGCUGCCAAGAAAAAAGCAUCUCUUCAGUCUGGUCAAGAGGGAAAUGGUGACAGCCCUGGAUCGCAGUUCUCGAAGUGGCCUGCAAGCCCCAACUCUCAUAGUAAUGAUGACUUUGAUAACUGGAGUACAUUUCGACCUAGAACUAGCUCUAAUGCUAGUACGAUUAGUGGAAGACUUUCUCCUAUUUUGCCAGAGCAAGAUGAUCUUGGAGAUGGGGAUGUGCACUCCAUGGUAUACCCAUCAUCAGCCACCAAAAUGACUUCUACUCUACCCAGCCUUUCAGAGAUGAGUAAUUCUGAGAACAUGGAAAAUCUUUUGGAUAACCUUAAUCUCUUGUCACCUAAUACGUCAAUGACUGUGUCAACGCAGUCGACAUCUGCUACCCUGAUGCAACAAACACCAGGUUACUCAUUUGCAUCCUCAACCACAAGUAUAGGUUCACAAAAUCCAGACUACAGGAAAUUUACGUAUGCUCAAGCUAGCAUGAACUCUUUGCCCCAGAUUCCUAUGCAGACUCUUCAAGACAGUAAAUCAAGCUAUGGAUCGAUGAGCCAAUAUAACUGUCCCGCAGGACUUCUGAAGGAGUUACUGACUUCCGAUUCUCCGCCGCACAAUGAUAUCUUGGCAUCAGUAGACACUGGUGUUUCCCAGGCUGGUGGCAGGGCGCUGGGCCAAAGUGUGCUGAUGGUCACUAACUCUGUGAUGCCAACUUAUGGCAGUCAACAGCCCCACAAUAAAAUGAUGAACCCUAACACCCGCCCUCACCAAGGACAUAACCAGCCAACACCUGCAGUUAAUGGUCGUGCCUUGUCACACACAGUGAACACCAUGUCACAUACAUCAGGUCUAAAUCGCUUGUCGACAGUGAAGACUUCAUUACAAGUGCCUAUGAGUCAUCCGAUGCAGAUGAAUGCUAUGAACCCAUAUGCUCCUGUUAACAGUUGCAAUGGCUACGGAAGGGUGGGAAUUGUUUCCCUCCACCAGGAGAAGCUUCCUAGUGACUUAGAUGACAUGUUAAUUGAACGGUUGGACUGUGACAUGGAGUCGAUUAUCCGUAAUGACCUUAUGGAUGGAGAAACGUUAGAUUUUAACUUUGACAGUGUAUUGCCUAACCAAAGUUUUCAGCACAGCGUAAAGACAACCACACACAGUUGGGUGUCAGGCUAGGAUGUAGUAGGAGGCUACGGUUAAAUUCUCCAGACUUGUCUGACAGCAGGAACUGAGAAAAGCAGUACAAAGAUGUCCUUCACCUUCCUUUUUAAUUUUCUUGACAAAGCUGUGCACAUGCACUAGCUUUUUUUUGGGUCUUUUUUUUUUUUUCUUCCUUUCGUCAGAGUUGGCAGCAGACAGAGUAUUUUCCUGUACAGGAUGUUUGCCCAAGGUUUGCAGGUUAUGUGCUGCUGUAGAUAAGAACUGUACCAUUGGAAAUUUCAUUACUCUGAAGUGCCAAAUUCACUACACCAUAUAAUCACAGCAAAGACUUGUACUUACAUCAUGUUGUGCUUUCGGUUUUGUACAGUAUGAUCUGUAGAAGAAGAAUUGUUUUUUAAGACUAUCUGUUUUGGUCCAAGAAAAGUUUAUAAACUUUUGUAAGAAUACUGUGAUGAUCUCAUGCCCUAAGUAAGUUUAACCUUCGUUGAUGUUACCUGUGUUUUGAUGAAUUGAGAUUAACUGUGGACUUGCCUUGCAGCAGUAUGAACUGCAUUAUUUUACUCAAAAUUGCCACACAUUUCAUAUGGGAACAGAAUAGCCUGUUAAAUAUGAUCCUACUAAACUCACUGACUAUUCAAAGCAAACAGUAGGUUAAAUGCCAUUUGAUAAGUUACUUGUAUUCAUGUAAAUUUAUGCAAGAAUAUAUCUGGAUUUCAUUGUCAGACUAAUGACUUUAUUGUUGGACUUAAGAUAAUUUUUGGAAUACUUUCCAAGCUAUUUUUCUUAUAAUUAAAUCUACUUUUGUUAUAUAGGCAACUUAAAAAAGAAAAAAAAUCUGAGAUCUGGCAGCAUUCAUAACCUCUUCAUUUUGUACAGUAUUUUAACUGGAUUAAGUACAUGUUUUUAUAAAUCUCUCUAGCACUUGGGAGUGCUAAUAAAGGAAAAGCUUAAUAAGGAUCUUGAAUACAAAACAUUUCUGUCCCUUUUUUUGUUGUGUGAUGUAUAAAUAUAGACAACUUUAUGUUUAGGAAAUAUUUAAUCAUUUUAUAUAUGCAUUUUUAGAAACGUCAUCUGCUUCUACUAUCAUUUUAACUCUGACUACCACAAAGUGUUAAGUAUUCAUUGUUAGAUGCUUGUACAAUGCUUCACAUUUAUAUUUAUUUCAUGGAGGUCUCAUAAUGUUUGUGCAAUCAAGAGCAGGACCUUUUGGAGAAAAUUCAUAAUUUUAGUAAAAUUAAUGACAAAAUUGUCAUUUCUCUUAAUUAGCACUAGUUUUAGGGUUGUCAGUGUUUCUGUUGUAAUGCAAAACGUUUGAAGAGGCAAAACUGCAACUUUUGAGUGGGAGGCUAGAACUUGUGUGACGCCCUAUUGCAG